UUCACGAAGCAAGUGUUUUGUAACAUUUUGCAUUUGCAUGAUGUUUAACUUGGCUGCUGUGAAAAUUAUGACUAUGUUGAAGAAUUUCAUGUGUAGGCUAAAUGAUGUAUUCGUAUAUAAAAUGAGAUAUGGUUGAGGAUAAUCUAAACUAAAGUUGUCGCACACGUACCACUACACACAGUUGACAAAAAGAAUCAUGAUGAGGGUUGCCUGUAUAUUCAGCAACAACACCGAAGCAUGCCAUAAAGCUUAUGAACAUGUUAAAUUAUCUUGCCUUAAUGCGGACAUACAAUGCGUGGCUUUCCAACACCUUGAUUUUGGACAGACCACGGUCCUGGACAUCUUCUACGAUGCGGAUCUGGUAAUUGUUGACAUGUCUGUAAACACGGAGCAAGCUACAUUAUUUUAUCAUCUUGGAGUGCGAGAAAGUUUCGGGAAGAAGGAGAAUAUUGUGCUGUACCAUGACAAAGAUGAUUCUGAUCCGGAAACUGUAACUUCAUUAACUAACACAUGUUUAACUUCUGGUUACCACUUCUUUCCAUACAAGUUGGACUCCGAAGGGCAGUGUUACAUCUGUGACAUGGCGUGCGUUUUCAAGCCAGGAAAAGGCUCUAAGCGCUCAAUUGAUACAAUAUCCAAGCUCUGUCCACCGCUGUACAGUCGGAUCAAGUCUGUUUAUGAGGAAAUGCAAGUGACCAACAGGAAAGGUGCAAAAGAGAUGUUAUUAAAAGAAAUUAGAGAUGCAAGGAAGAAAUAUCAAGGAGAGCAACUUGGAAAGGAACUGUCAGUGUUGAAGAAGAGAAUGGAUGAUCAGUUGCUCCUCACAGGUGAUAUAGUCCACCAGCUCCUGCUGUCCUACCGAGAAAUACAGGAUUACAAUGCCAUGGUGAAACUUGUAAAAGCCAUCGAACAACUUCCAAAUAAUAACAUCACAGACAAACCUGCUAUCAUUCACCUGCAUGUGUUUGCCCUCAACAGGAGGAACAAGAAUGGAGAUCGUGCAACAGCUUUGAAGAUCAUUAACAAAGCUUUGGAAAAGAAGGAGAACCAGGUUCCAGAUAUGCUGUGUCUUGCUGGAAGAAUUUACAAGGAUUUGUACACAGAGAGUAUGUAUGAAGAUACAGUGAGCAGGGACAAGGCUAUACACUGGUACAGAAAGGGUUUUGAAGUGCAUCCUAAUGAAUACGCAGGUAUCAACCUUGCAACACUGCUUGUCCUAUCUGGGGAAGAGUUCAGUAAAUCACCAGAGUUGCAGAAAAUUGGGGUUACGUUGAACAUGUUACUUGGUAAGAAGGGCAGUCUUAUGUCUCUACAAGAUUAUUGGGACGUUGCAACUUUCUUUGAGAUCAGUGUCUUAGCGGGAGACUUUUCAAAAGCUGUACAAGCUGCUGAGUGUAUGUUCAACUUAAAACCACCUACAUGGUACCUGAAGUCAACUCUUGGUAACAUCCAGAUGAUCACCAGAGUUAGACCAAUUCCAGAUGAUAACCGGAAACCUGAACAUGAGUUAUUUAGCUUUUGGCUGGAGUUCUUCAUAGAAGCCACCAAAGACAGUAACUCCAGAGUGAUAUUCCCUGUGUUAGUUUUGGAACCUUCCAAAGUAAUGAAACCAAGCUUCAUCACUAUCAAUGAGGAAGAAGAUGAAAAGUCUCUCAGAUUAUGGCAUGUCGCUAAACUGCAAAAUUGUAAGAAAAUUAAUGAAUGGCGUUUCUUGGUACGUUCAAUCAAAGGUGUCAGUUUGUAUAAAAGAGAUGAAAGGUGCUUGUUUAUAUACGUCCAACACAACUCUGAUGACUUUCAGUUGUUUUUCUCAUCAGCCAAUCAAAGACAAAGAUUUCAUGACGAGAUUAUGAAAUUGAUUGAGGAACAUAUUGAAGACAAAAACAAUCUUCUGACAGAGAGAGACUCAGAUCUCAACUCUGAACCAAUUGCAUUUGAGUAUGAAUAUGAUAAGAAUGGAGAUAAGGUUGUUUUGGGGAAGGGGACGUUUGGCGUUGUGUAUGCUGCUAAAGACAUGGACACAAGGGUGCGAAUUGCUGUCAAGGAAGUGCCAAUCACAAAUGAAUGGGAUGUUCAACCAUUACAUGAAGAGAUUCUUCUUCAUUCACGGUUAAGUCACAAGAACAUUGUCAAAUACCUUGGAUCGGUCAGUCACGAAAAUGUAUUCAAAAUAUUAAUGGAGCAGGUACCUGGUGGUAGCUUGUCAGUUCUGCUUCGGUUGAAGUGGGGUCCAUUAAAAGACAGUGAAAACACUAUUGCUUUCUACACCAAACAAAUCCUUGAAGGCCUAGAAUAUUUGCAUGACCAGAAGAUAGUGCAUCGAGACAUUAAAGGGGACAAUGUUCUUGUCAACACCUAUAGUGGGGUGCUCAAGAUCUCCGACUUUGGUACUUCAAAACGAUUGGCCGCUUUAAACCCUUGUGCAGAUUCAUUCAAAGGUACGCUACAGUAUAUGGCUCCAGAAGUUAUUGACAAGGGCAUCCGUGGCUAUGGUGCAGCUGCUGAUAUGUGGUCCCUUGGUUGCACAAUUGUUGAAAUGGCCACUAGUAAGCCACCUUUUGUUGAACUUGGUUCUCCUGAGGCGGCCAUGUUUAAAGUUGGCUUUUACAAACUGCAUCCUGAGAUUCCAGAAUCUAUGUCAGAUAUGAUCAAGAACUUUAUACUCAGAUGUUUUGAACCAGAUCCUGAUAAGAGAGCGACGGCCAGCCAACUUCUCCGUGAUACUUUCCUUAAACGAAAACAAUCGCUACAUUCUCCACAGAAAGCAAAAUCGGACUUUAAGAGAGACAGAAGUAUUUCAACACCAUCCCCUAGGAUUCAGCUUAGCUUAGACCGACCAAGCUCACCUUCCAUAAUAGAGUGUGAACCUUCAUCAUCAACUGAGCCAAGAGAAAGAGGUGAUAAGCGACCACCUUUUGGACUUCUUGAACAAAGCUCUCUUUCACCUGAUGAUGGUAGUGAUACCACAGGCACACCCGAAAAAGACUCCACUGUGGGGUUCUAUAUGCUGCGUAAGGAUAGUGAAAGAAGAGAAACCUUGGUUAGAAUACUAGAGAAUGACCAUGGACAGAUUGUAAAUAAUUGGUACAAGAAAUUCACAGAUCGCCAUUUUGGAAUGUUGGUGGAUUGUCUGUGUCAUGUGAUUAGGAACAGGGAAUCUUCAGUUAUGCAAACAACACUAGGAAAACUAAAAGAGGAGUUAGAAUUUGAUCCCACUGCAAUAAACGAUUUGCAUGUCGCCCUGUAUUUGUUCCAAGAUGCAGUAACUGAUGACUUGAAGCACCAUAUGAACAAUAUCAAACCUCAUUGGAUGUUUGCGUUGGACAAUCUCACGAGAGGCGCUGUCCAAGCUGCCGUCACCAUUCUUAUGCCAGAUUUGGGUGCUAACUUAGCUCAGCAGAACCAGUCGUCACGUGUCAAUGGUGAUGACUAUGAGGCUGGGGGUAAUGUAGCAGUUAAUUCCGGUAAUUCAGGUGGUGCAACGUCUGGAGUGUCGACAAUGAGCUCCAGUAAAUCUAAUGAUCAAGUCGACUCAAUGUUUAACACUGCUUCUCACCUUAUGCACCAGGAAUACAACAGUUUAAGUAAAGAAUACCAAAGUUUGGUGAAGGAUUUAAUUGAAACACAAAAACGAUUGAAUGAAGUUCUCCAGGGACGUUUAGAAGAGCAUCAGUCAUUACUUGAAGUACUUACGCCACCAGGUGUGGUGUCAACCCCAUCAUACUUAGCAGAGUGUAAUAUGUAUGAUAGUGAACUCGUAAACUGGUUAAAAGCCUUGAACGUUGAUUCUGACAGUAUUUCAAAGUUUACACAUGAGCAGUUUACAAAGACUGACGUGCUGGAACAUAUGUCAAGGAAUGAUUUGCGGUAUAUAGGCUUAAGGUAGGUCAUUAAUAAGUCCUUAUGUCAAGGAAUGAUUUGCGGUAUAUAGGCUUAAGGUAGGUCAUUAAUAAGUCCUUAUGUCAAGGAAUGAUUUGCGGUAUAUAGGCUUAAGGUAGGUCAUUAAUAAGUCCUUAUGUCAAGGAAUGAUUUGCGGUAUAUAGGCUUAAGGUAGGUCAUUAAUAAGUCCUUAUGUCAAGGAAUGAUUUGCGGUAUAUAGGCUUAAGGUAGGUCAUUAAUAAGUCCUUAUGUCAAGGAAUGAUUUGCGGUAUAUAGGCUUAAGGUAGGUCAUUAAUAAGUCCUUAUGUCAAGGAAUGAUUUGCGGUAUAUAGGCUUAAGGUAGGUCAUUAAUAAGUCCUUAUGUCAAGGAAUGAUUUGCGGUAUAUAGGCUUAAGGUAGGUCAUUAAUAAGUCCUUAUGUCAAGGAAUGAUUUGCGGUAUAUAGGCUUAAGGUAGGUCAUUAAUAAGUCCUUAUGUCAAGGAAUGAUUUGCGGUAUAUAGGCUUAAGGUAGGUCAUUAAUAAGUCCUUAUGUCAAGGAAUGAUUUGCGGUAUAUAGGCUUAAGGUAGGUCAUUAAUAAGUCCUUAUGUCAAGGAAUGAUUUGCGGUAUAUAGGCUUAAGGUAGGUCAUUAAUAAGUCCUUAUGUCAAGGAAUGAUUUGCGGUAUAUAGGCUUAAGGUAGGUCAUUAAUAAGUCCUUAUGUCAAGGAAUGAUUUGCGGUAUAUAGGCUUAAGGUAGGUCAUUAAUAAGUCCUUAUGUCAAGGAAUGAUUUGCGGUAUAUAGGCUUAAGGUAGGUCAUUAAUAAGUCCUUAU